AUGCCUCCGCGAGGCAUCCAGCGGCACAAGAACGGCAAGUCCGGCGCCUACACCGAGGAGUAUCACAGCCUCCUUGGCAAAUCGGCGUGGGUUGUCGUGCGGCAGCUUGACCACGCGGACGACAAGGGCGCCGUCAGUCUCUCCGAGGGGGACGUCGCCACCGUCUUCGCUCAGUUUGGCGAGGUGGUGGAUGUGCGGUUUGUGCGGCACCGACGCACUGGGCGUUUCUUGGGCACAGCCUUUGUGAGGUUUGCGGACUACCGCAGCGCCGUGCUCGCCGCCGACGAGAUGAAUUCCAACCAUGAGACUGGGCAGGAGGUGCGGCUAACGGCGGCGGGCGCCGCGGCGGGGCGCGGGAUCGAGGUGGAGCGGUGCGACGAGGCGGAGGUUGUCGUGUUGCCGGAUGACGUGGAGUCGUACCCGGCGUGGGUCGCCAGGCUGGAGGCUGGAGGCAUCGCCUUGACGCAAUGA